UGUGGCUGGAAAUAUGGCUGUAAAGUAACCAAUGACCCUUUGUUUGAAUCGCAAUGUUUUCGAACGAAAAACACAAUAGAAAUAAUUAAAGGGCAAGCAGAUAGUACAAAUAGAAAAAUUUAGUAUGUGUGUGAUUCAAGAAUCGUAAGUGUAUCAGUUUUAAUGGUGUGGGGUAAAUCGACGACUAAUUUUCGAAGAAGCGAAAGGGGUGAAGUGGUGAAUAUCGAGAGUGCUAUAUAGAAGAAGAGUCGAUAGUAGUUUAAAUGGCCUGUUGAUGUAUUCACGACCACGUUGUUCAACGGGUACGGGAGCUCGUGUUCGCUCUAAUGGUUGGCCAUCAACCUCUUGAAGAGUCAGCAUUGCCCUAGAGAUGUCUAGUGCUGUAGUUGUAAAUUCUGUAAAAAUGCCGAUGUCGCGAACACAGUUAUUUCCAGUUUCAUCUCAUUCAUACAUCCAAGAAGGCGGCGGUGGUAGUUUGCCACCCUUAAAUAAAGGAUCUUUGAAAGAACAGAGUCCCCCGGCCGCUUCGACAGCUUCGUCGGCUAAUUCUGCUGGUCUUCCAGAGCUUUCCGUCGGGGGUUCGUGCGUUUUGCAAUGCAUGCAAUCUCACAUGGUUAGAGGGGCGCCUUUAACACAAGUCAAACCGACCGUUCCUGUAUCUACGGCCGAGUGUAAACCGAAAACAAUGGUUGCUACACCGGAACAAGUAAUGAAGCUCUACAUGAAUAAGCUCACGCCGUACGAACAUCACGAAAUUUUUAAUUAUCCGCAAAUCUAUUUUAUUGGUGCCAAUGCUAAGAAAAGGCCCGGUAUCAUUGGUAAUCCGAAUAACUGUGAUUAUGAUAACGAUCAGGGCUCAUACAUUCACAUUCCACAUGACCAUGUAGCCUAUAGAUAUGAAGUUCUUAAAGUGAUAGGUAAAGGCUCCUUUGGACAGGUGGUUAAGGCUUAUGAUCACAAACAUCAUAUGCAUGUCGCACUGAAGAUGGUCAGGAACGAGAAGAGAUUUCACAGACAGGCCCAAGAAGAAGUCCGCAUAUUAGAGCAUUUGAGGAAACAGGACAAAGACAACACCAUGAAUAUAAUUCACAUGUUAGAUUCGUUCACGUUUAGAAAUCACAUGUGCAUCACGUUCGAACUGCUUUCCAUAAAUCUCUACGAACUUAUAAAAAAGAACAAAUUUCAGGGAUUUAGUUUGCAACUUGUUAGAAAAUUUAGCCAUUCACUACUACAAUGUUUAGAUGCCCUUAAUAAAAACAAAAUCAUUCAUUGUGAUAUGAAACCUGAAAACGUAUUACUCAAACAACAAGGCAGAAGUGGCUUAAAGGUAAUCGAUUUCGGUUCGUCCUGCUACGAGCAAAACCGCGUCUACACCUACAUCCAGUCGCGGUUCUACCGAGCACCGGAGGUCAUACUCGGCGCCCGCUACGGCAUGCCCAUCGACAUGUGGUCGUUGGGCUGCAUCCUGGCCGAGCUCCUGACCGGCUUCCCUCUCCUCCCCGGCGAGGACGAGGCCGACCAACUGGCCUGCAUCAUGGAGCUGCUCGGCCUGCCGCCGCAACGGCUCCUCGACCAAUCGAAGCGCGCCAAGAACUUCAUCAGCUCCAAGGGCAUACCGCGCUACUGCACCUGCUCCACCCUGCCCGACGGCACGGUCGUGCUGAGCGGCGGCCUGAGCAGGCGCGGCAAGCCGCGCGGCCCGCCCGGCUCGAAGGACCUCAAGCGGGCGCUGAAGGGCUGCGACGAUCCGCUGUUCCUCGAUUUCAUACAGCGCUGCCUCGAGUGGGACCCCGACGCCCGCAUGACGCCCAGCGCCGCCCUCAGGCACGGCUGGUUGCGGCGGCGGCUGCCGCGGCCGCCCAACGAGAAGGAGCAGGGCAGCGCCGGGAUGGCGCGGUCGACGCCGACGGGGCCGAGGACGCCGAAGUCGAGCAGCAUAUUUUCGAAUAAUCGCGUCCAGCUUAGCGACGAUCGGUCGUCGACAUUACAUUCGGGAAAAUUGCCGCCGGUUACGUAGCCAAACGUAAUACUUCCUUAGUACUCUCAAUCAGGUUAGAUAUAUUAUUUUAGAUACCAUAUCUGAGUAUGACUUUUUUUUGUUUAAUCGUCUUCAAUAUAUACUAGCUGAUCUUUGAGGGGACAGACUAAUUAACAGUCUAGACCUAUAUGGGGAAUUUUUAAAUAUGCCAAAUUCUUGUUUCUUCUUAAAUCUUCCAUUAAAAGGUAAUUACUCGUUACUUUUACAAUAAGGCUAAUGCGAAUUACUCCUUUUUACAAACGGUAUUUUCUCUUUCAUUGAUUCACUUCUAAAUAUAUUUUUUAUACGGUUGAUAUAAAAAUAUUCUUGUAA